CUGAGCCAACUUAAUGGGACAACUACUGUAUAUAUAUUUUUUCUAACGCGCCAGAUUGUCCUAAUCAAACUAAGCAAAAGAUUUGGACCACACACACAGUGUCCAAUGAACUUAAUUAGAAGAGUAUAGUGCAGGUAUCUACUCCCGCAGAUUCACUCUUUUUUUGGCUUACAUAAUUCUCAUUUAACUUAUUUUUUGCUCAACUAAUUAUUUCUUGAUUUAGGCAUGGUUACAUCGAAUUUUUUUAUGACAUAAUUGAUAUGCAAUUUAAGAGCUUAAUAUACACACAAUGGUCUACACCUUCACUGAUUCAGAUUCAUCGUAGCCAGUGUUCGGACACAAGCCCUCGCCCUUCUCAUAAGGACUCGUUCAAUACCAAUGACCCCGGAACCAAGCAAGGGCUAAACUAAACCAACUUUCCACAUCACCACCCCAUAAUAAUAAUAGCCCAACAUCUAUUCUGAGAAACCCAGCUUUAAAAAAUAAAAAAAAGAAGAAAUUUGCGACACUACGUACACCACUUUCCUCUGCAUGAUUUUUCCUCUGCAUGAUUUUCCCCCUACACCUUGCUUCUGCUUAAACUUCUCUCAUCCAUGCAAAGAACCAACCAUGUCUUUGACAAAAGCAGAAAAUUCUGAAACCUCAUCACCGCCACAACAAGCACUAGUACCACCCACAUCAUACACUUCCCCACCAGCGCUAAUAGCAUGUACACUCGCUGUUGUUCUCGUUUGCUUCAUAGGUUUCACCAUUGUCUACUUCUGCAGAUGUUGUUUUGUGAACAUGGUAAACGCUUGGGCCUUUCAACGCUCAGCUUCAGGAACCCUUAUUCGUCUUUCUCCCAAUGCUGCUUCUCCUUACACAGGCCUUGACCCUUCUCUUCUUCAAACAUUCCCCACCUUCCUCUAUGCCACAGUGAAGAAUCUUCGCAAGGAAAAGAAGUAUUCCCUUGAAUGUGCCAUUUGCUUGGUCGAGUUCGAAGAUGAUAGCAUGCUACGACUCUUAACCAUUUGUUACCAUGUUUUUCAUCAAGAAUGCAUCGACCUUUGGCUUCGAUCCAACAAGACAUGCCCCGUUUGUCGCACGGAUCUUGAUUCACCGACCGAAGAAACGCAAAAACCCGUGGAACAAGUUGAGGAGAAUCUUAACGUGGAAGAAGAGAGAAGGAAUCACGUGUGCGCUGGUGUAAAAGAAGGCGAUGGAGAUGAGAGACGUCAUGAUGAUGCUAAUGUGGCAGUUUCGGUGAGUGGGAGCAUGCAACAACGUGGGGAAGAGAAGUUUGUAAGGUCACACACGACUGGGCAUUCUAUAGUUAUGAUUAGAGAAGAUGAAGAUAGAGAUAAUGAUGAUAAAUAUACGUUGAGAUUGCCGGAAAAUGUAGAGUUGAAAAUUGAAAGGAGAGGGCACAACUACUCCAAGAGUUGUUCUAAUCAUAAGGAUAUGGCAAAGCUUGCUGCGCCUUGUAAUAGUGAUUCUGGUCAUGUUCAAAUUCUAUUUGGAUGCUCUUCCUGUAGUGGUAAUGAAAAUGUUUAA